UGCAAGGAAACCAAUCGUGCUAGCACGAGAGAAGAAGAAGCGGGAAAGGGAGGCGGGGUCGGACGCUCCACAGCUAGUAACUGCUGCUGCAGAAGAUGUCGACGACAUGAUUCUUGCUGCCCCCGCAGCCCUGCAGGACGAGAAAUGCCUCAGCGACCGCAAUCUUGCGAUUGAAACGGUGUGCACGGCUUUGAAAGUGGCCUGGCUUGCUACUUCUUCUAUGAAGCUGCAGAAGGGAAGAGAACAGCACCUCCAGGGCGCUCUUGCGUACUACCAGCCAGCAGAAGACGCGGAUCUUUGCCACCACGAGGACAACUCGUUCGAACACGAGAAGCACUAUGUGGUAGAGGCGCUCGAUGAGCUGAUCUUUCUUCCAAAAGGAAAAGGGAAAAUAAACGUCACGGCAUCGACAAUCACCCGCCCGUGGUCAACAGAGAAGGGAGAAAAAGAACCACGCCCUGAAGAAGUUGGACGAAAGGCCGACGACAAAGACGCAAAAGAAAAAGUCCUAGUGUUGCGUCGCAAAAAAAUCUUCGCUCACCAGAUCUUGCAGGACGGGUUCGAGGAGUUGUUGGAUGAGCUGCAGAGUUACGUCUUCCACUGUCUCCAGCUCCUACAAGGCAUGGUCCUUAUGCGACGGUCUCAAAAACACGUGUGGCGUGUGCGCAGGGAACAGGCGUUGAUCCAGGACUACAUGAAGAGGGCCGCUGCGGAUGCGCGUUUUGGAAAUAAAACCUCCGAGGUGAAGUUCUCGAUCGUGUUGAACUAUCCUCAUGACUUUCGUCACCAAGAAGUACAACAAGUCGAGGUGAACAAGGCACAAGCAGCCGC